UGAGGCGAGAUGAUGGCUUCAAUAGGGGAGUUCGACCCUCUGAACACCAGAGUCCCUGCAACUAAAAUAGAAGUUACAGUUUCCUGCAAGGGUCUCCUGGAUGUGGAUACAUUCUCCAAGUCAGAUCCAGUUUGGCAGGACGGAAGUAAUCGACAACACCCGGAAUCCAGAUUUUGUCAGGAAGUUUGUGCUGGAUUUCUUCUUUGAAGAGAAACAGAAUCUAAGGUUUGAUGUGUACAAUGUGGACUCUAGAAGCUGUAACAUAUCCAAACACAAGGACUUCUUGGGCCAGACGUUCUGUACACUUGGAGAAAUUAUCGGCUCAACAGGAGGACGGCUGGAAAGGACCCUAUCUGGGAUACCAGGGAAGAAGUGUGGAGUCAUAAUCUUGACUGCGGAGGAGCUCAGUAACUGCAGGGAUAUUGCUACAAUGCAGUUGUGUGCCAACAAGCUGGAUAAGAAAGAUUUUUUUGGAAAGUCGGACCCCUUCCUGGUUUUUUACCGCAGUAAUGAAGACGGAACGUUCACCAUCUGCCACAAGACGGAGGUGAUCAAGAAUACACUGAACCCGGUGUGGCAGUCUUUCACCAUCCCCGUUAGAGCUCUCUGCAACGGUGACUAUGACAGGACUGUGAAAGUAGACGUGUACGACUGGGAUCGAGAUGGAAGCCAUGACUUCAUUGGAGAGUUCACCACAAGCUACAGAGAGCUGUCUCGGGGGCAGAAUCAGUUCAAUGUCUAUGAGGUUUUAAAUCCCAAGAAGAAAGGCAAAAAGAAGAAAUACAUCAAUUCUGGGACUGUAACUCUGCUGUCCUUCAAAGUGGAGUCGGAGUAUACCUUUGUGGAUUUCAUCCGCGGAGGGACCCAACUAAACUUCACAGUAGCUAUUGACUUUACAGCAUCCAAUGGUAAUCCAUCCCAGCCCACCUCUCUCCACUACAUGAGUCCAUACCAGAUGAACGCAUACGCCAUGGCCCUGAAAGCAGUGGGGGAGAUUAUCCAGGACUACGACAGUGACAAGCUUUUUCCUGCCUAUGGUUUCGGAGCUAAGCUGCCCCCUGAUGGCAAAAUCUCCCACGCCUUCCCACUGAACGGCGACGGCGAUCAUCCUAACUGUGUAGGCAUAGAGGGCGUUCUGGAAGCCUAUUUCCAAAGCCUAAGGACAGUGCAGCUGUAUGGACCCACUAACUUCGCACCAGUUAUCAACAAAGUAGCAAACUGUGCUGCAGAGAUUACAGAUGGCUCUCAGUACUUUGUCCUGUUGAUGAUCACAGAUGGAGUGAUAUCUGACAUGGUCCAGACCAAAGAGGCGGUGGUCAACGCAGCAUCACUUCCUCUGUCCAUUAUCAUUGUUGGUGUUGGACCUGCUGAGUUUGAUGCGAUGGAGGAGCUUGAUGGAGACGAGGUGAGAGUAUCCUCCAGAGGACGUCUUGCCGAGAGAGACAUUGUUCAGUUUGUUCCGUUCAGAGACUACAUCGACAGAUCCGGCAACCAGGUCCUCAGCAUGGCCCGACUGGCUAAGGAUGUCCUCGCUGAGAUCCCCGACCAGCUGCUGUCAUUCAUGAAGAGCCGAGGAAUCGAACCGCGACCGGCCUCUCCACCUCCCCCCUACCAGAGCUGCACCGGCACAUCUGACCAGCGCAGUUCAGCAUCUCCCCACCACCCCCACCCCUGACAUAUUCUCCGUCUUUAUGUGUCUCCCCUCCCCCCCCCCCCUUCUUAGGCUUCUCAUCGCUACCUAAUCUUACAUUUAUUUGCCACUUUAAAAACAGGGAAGGAUCAAGCUGCUAUUUGCCCUUCUUGCUCUCUUAUCCAGAGUAAGUCUAAACAGACACAUCCCAUCUGCUCAGCGGGCACUCAUCCUCAACUCACCUGCUGCUGUAACUCAUCUGUUCCUCUUCCUUCUAUUGCUUCUCAAUUACAUUACUGAAGAGCAGCGAGACUGACCCCUUGACUGCAACCUUCUGGAACUGACAUUCAAAACUGGACGUUUAGUGUUUGCCUCACAAUUCCCAUCAUCGGGUCUUCAUCAGACACCUCGAAUGCACAAGGUUUACACAUUUAUCUGCAACCGGUUCUGACAUUUUGUCCAAUUAGGAGUGCGAUUUGGUAUUUAAUUGAAGCUAAAUCAAUUCCGAGCCCUUGAUGAGCUAUAAGGUGUCUCGCAACAGCCUCUGGCAAUAAGAAGUUUGAACCCUAAUUCGCUUAAGUCAUUUCUCACCUCACAGAGUGAUUUAUACUCCUGAGCAAUUAGUCUGAAGCAGCCUAAGUUGCUCCUGUGAAGGUUGCAGACGAGCGUCGGCGGAUCCAUCGCGAGGGUCGGGUCAGGUGUUGCAUCAGUUGCAGACAGACACACACACACACACACACAUACACACACACACAUGCUCAAACAUGCAUGCCUCUGUCUGCGACACCACACCCACCCUCUCUUUGCCCAGCGUGGGUCGAGGCUGGGUGCAGAUUCCCCCCCUGCUGUUAGAGAAAUGCCAGUCUCUCCAGCUGUCCUGCAGAGAGGUGGAGGAAGAGGGAGGGAGGGAGGGAGGAAGGAAGGAAGGAAAAGAGCCAGGGGGAGAGAAGAAAACGGAAGGGAAGAGAGGAAGUGCAGGUGCACGAGAGAGAGGAGACGUGACACAGGUAUGCUCAAGGACGCAAUGAGGUAGAAAUAAAGCGUUUAGAGAUUUGUUUAGUUUGAUGCCAGAGGAGAAAAAGAAGCAGAGUAUUCAGGGGGCUGCAUGCCGCGAUGGCUGCAGCUCAGUGCUGUCCCUGCAUUAGUUUGAAAAGUAUGCAUAUUUGGAUCAAAAAUAACGCUAAUCUAGGAUCAAUGCACAUUCUACGAAAAGCAAUACGACUGACUCCUAGCGUAGUGUUUGCCUUAUGCAUGUACGGUCCUGCUCCUUAUUACUUUACAUUUUAGUUGCAGGGAGGAACUGCUUACAAAGUGGGAAAAGGCUGCCACCUAGUGUUCACCCUUUGUAUAGCCGGACAUCUAUAUUAUGCAUGACUGCUGUACAGCCCUAUACUAUCUGAAACAGUAUGCGUGCAUGAACACGUCCAGCCAAAUUUGACAUGUGACAAUGACCGAGAACUGCGUACAAUGUACAGACCUAGAAAAGCAAAUGUCUGUGUGAAAUCUGUCGAUGUCAAUGUCACGUCUGACUGUGGUGGUUUAGAGAAGUGUUCUAUGUGCGCUUUGUACAUAUGUGGACUUUUUAAAAAAGUAUUUGUUUCAUGAGUUUUGUUUUUGCAUGUUGGGAAAAAUGCAUAACAGUAUAAUAAUUAUUAUAAUAAUAAUGAUUGCCCUGCCCCUCUAAAAAAUGCAUAUA